UUUUUCUUUUUUACUUUUUUUUUUUUAAUUUUAAUUUUUCUAUGCUUUGACGUCGACUCCAAGCUUGAAACGACAGCGAUCUAUUACUCACUGCAACUUCCCCUUCUCUCUCCUUCUUCGUCUUCUUCUUCUCUUCUUUCUUCUUCCUCCACCGCCUUUAACUUCCUAAAUUUCUUGCCGCGUCGGCUUUAUUUUCUCGGCAUUUUUUCCGGCGGGAGUUUCUGUUCACAUUCUCAAACUAAAUUUGGUCUCUCUUUUUUCUUCGCCUUGCCUCAGCAUGUUCUUCUCCGACGGACUGUUGAGGUCGGAGUACUGGUUCUUGUUCUGCGGAACGGCUACACAAUGUCUUUGGAUCUCGCCGUGAUUCCGGUCGCCGGAAGUCUAUUUGCGAGAUAUAUAUGUUCUUCAUGAUCGAAUCUUUCAUACAAUGCGCUUUCAGAGUUCGUCUCAAGAAACAAGGUUUCCAGCCAUUGGAACUUCAGUUUCGUGAUGCUUAAUGAUGGUCAAACUUGGGCUUAGAGCUAUUGCCUAUUAGGGUAUCAUUUGAACGCCAGAAUGAAGAAAAGCUAUGGCCGGGUUCUGGUUGCGUCCUUGUUUACAUUGCUGUUGAUGAUUUAUGUUAUCACGAGAAGUUCGUCUCGGGAAAAUUAUUAUGCAAACCCCUUGUACAAUUCUAUUGAUCCUCUUCAGUGGCUCAAUCCUGCAGUUCCACCUGCAGUUCAAAAUCCUGAAAUUGCAUACCAAGUGAUUUCUGCCGACUCUAUAGUAUCCAGUCUCUUCACUCAGGGGAAUUUUACUGACGGAGAGAAUCAAUCUCUGCAGACUUGGAACCAUUUAAGAAGCAUAAUUAAUUGUACCCGAGGUUUGCCUAAUGCAGUUGAGGCCAUUAAGGAAGCUGGAGGCGUAUGGGAUUUUCUAAAAACUUCGAUUGAAAAGGAAAGGCUUGGUUAUACGAAUGAAAGUGCACGUGCGAAAGAGAAGCAAUGCCCCCAUUUUCUGACCAAAAUGAAUGCAACAAAGGUUGACAGCAAUGGUCAUAAGCUAAGAAUGCCUUGUGGCCUUACUCAGGGUUCUUCCAUCACAGUCAUUGGCAUUCCAGAUGGUCUUCUUGGUAACUUUCGAAUUGACUUGACUGGGGAACCACUGCCUGGGGAGCCUGAGCCACCCAUCAUUUUGCAUUAUAAUGUUAGGCUUUUGGGGGAUAAAUUAACUGAGGAUCCUGUAAUUGUCCAGAACACCUGGACAGUAUCUCGUGAUUGGGGAGAAGAGGAUCGAUGCCCGCCCCCUGGUUCUGACGAGAAUGGAAAAGUGGAUGAAUUGGAAAAAUGCAACAAGAUUGUGGGCAAUGUCGAAAAUCGACUUCCUGAGUUGAACAAGAAUUUCAACAAAUCAAAAUCUGUGGUGCAAGGAGCUAAAACAAUAAAGUACUUCCCUUUCAAACUCGGUCAUCCAUUUGCUGCUACACUUAGAGUGGGAGUGGAUGGAAUCCAGAUGACAGUUGAUGGAAAGCACGUUACUUCUUUUGCUUACCGUGAAACUUUGGAGCCAUGGCUGGUCAGUGAAGUAAAGAUUUCUGGAGACUUGAAAUUAAUUUCUGUCCUGGCAAGUGGUUUGCCCACAUCUGAGGAUUCAGAUCAUAUAGUUAAUAUAGAAGCAUUAAAAUCAACUCCCCUCUCUACAGAAAAACAAUUAGAUCUGUUCAUCGGUGUUUUCUCAACGGCAAACAAUUUUAAAUAUCGAAUGGCUGUUCGAAGAACGUGGAUGCAGUAUCUUGCAGUACAGUCGGGAUCUGUUGCAGUUCGCUUUUUUGUUGGGUUGCAUAAGAACCAAAUAGUCAAUGAGGAACUGUGGGAUGAAGCCCGAACAUAUGGUGACAUACAGAUGAUGCCUUUUGUUGACUACUACAGCCUUAUAACCUGGAAAACGUUGGGUAUCUGUAUCUUUGGGGCAGAGAUAGCUUCAGCAAAGUACAUCAUGAAGACCGAUGAUGACGCCUUUGUUCGAGUGGAUGAAGUUUUAGCUUCUUUAAAAAGGAUCAAUGCACAAAGUGGAUUGCUUUAUGGACUCAUCAACUCAGAUUCUCAACCUCACAGAAACCCUGAGAGCAAGUGGUAUAUUAGUAUGGAGGAAUGGCCUGAAGAGAAUUAUCCAACAUGGGCACAUGGUCCUGGUUAUGUGGUGUCUAGUGACAUAGCAAAGACGAUCUCCAAGAAAUAUAAAGAGGGCCGCUUAAAGAUGUUCAAAUUAGAAGAUGUAGCCAUGGGAAUCUGGAUUGAAAAUAUGAAGAGGGAGGGCCUUCAGAUUCGGUACGAGAAGGACGAUAGGAUCCAUAUUGAAGGUUGUAAGGAUGAUUAUGUGGUUGCUCACUACCAGGAACCUCGAGAGAUGCUCUGUUUGUGGCAGAAACUUCAGGAAGGAAAUGGUAUUAGAUGCUGUGGUUCUGAUAACUAAGAGGAGUUAUGUUCUAAGCAGCCUGGAAAUGGAGUAACUAUUCUGACACCAUCGAAGUAGAGUUAGAUGAAAGAUCACACCAGGGUUGAUACCCCUGAAACAGAAGAGGUAACAUGAGAAUUUUUAAACCCUCUUAACGACUGCUGUAUAAUUAGGUGUUACUGUAGAGAAGUAUAUGGAUUUUCAAGAGUUGCUUGAAAUUUUGUAUAUUUCAAGUGACCGAGAGAGACAUGAUAGAAAGAGAGCUGUAGCCUGUAAAGUGGUAUAUAGAAUGGUGAAUCAAUUGAAUUUUAUCAAA